AUGUUCUCUGAAGAAACUAUAAUGGAGUUAAAACAGGUUAUAUCCAAUAAAGAUGAACAAAUACAAGAGUUAAAUAAAAAACUAGAAGAUUUUGAUUCAGUGGUUUAUGAGAGAAAUGACUUACGUGAAAUAUACAAAGACUUUGAACAACAUAACGAGAAAAGUAAAACUGAUGGUAGAAAAUUGUUUACUGAACUCUUAACUAAGUAUGAACUUCAAACGGAAACGCUUAAGAAAGUUGCUAAUGCAGAAUAUCAAUGUGAACUCAAGAACGAAAAACUGGAAGAUCACAUAAACUGUAUGAAUCAUCAAAUACAAACUCUAAAAGAAAAUGAAGAUAAAUUAAAAAUAGAGUUAUCAGACUUUGAAACAAAAUUGAAAAGUGUUCAGAAUGAAUUAUGUACAAUUAAAUUGGAAUUAGAAAAAAAGAAUAGCGUGGUUAAAAAAUCGGAGAAUAAUUUUAAUUGCAAAGAACAGGAACUCAAUAAAGUUAGCAGGGAACUUGAUGAGUGCAAAACCAAAUGCAAUAAAUUAAAUGAGAUGAACAAAAAAUUGAAUAUGGACUUAAAUGAAACAAAAGAAAUUCUAUGUGACACAAAUAUAUCUGCCAAUCAUAUGGAGGAAACGUUUAAACUAGAACGAGCACUUUUGUCAAACGAGUUGGAAAUUAGUCAUAACAAAACUAACGACUUAGAGAUGCGAUACAAUGAAGCAAAAAAGGAAUUAAACGCUGAAAGAUGUACCAUCGAAACAUUUUAUAAAAAAAUAAAAGAGUCGAAUAAAGUGAAUGAAAAAACUCACUUAAAAACGAAAAAACAGUUAAAAAAAUUAAAUGAGAAUUUAUGUUGCUUGAAAGAAAAAGUCAAUGAGUUGGAGCAAGAAAAUGAUUGUAAAUGUAUGGAAAUAAGUGCACUGAAGAGUAAACUCGACGAGAGGGAAGGUCAACUACAGAAAAUGAAUUUACUAUCGGAGAAAAUUGAACAAAUCGAGAAACAACAAAUCGAAGCUUGUCUAAAAGAGAAAACUAAAGUUAAUAAUCCUUGUGAACUGGAAGAUUCCCCGACAGAUACGUGUUGUGGUGCAUCGAACGAUGAAAAAGCUAUUAAAAAUAAUGCCACAAAAUCGAAUGCAUCUAAGAAGAAUAUUCAUAAAAUCUUAUUGAAAAAUUUGAUAUGUGACCUUGGAAACAUGCUACAGAGUAUUUUUUAA